GGGCCGGGCCUGGGCGGCCGGGCGGGGCCGCGAGGAGGCGGCGCGGCGGCCGGGCGGGGCGCAGGCCGGCGGCGGGGAGCGCGCCCCGCGUCCCGGGCCGCGGCAUGGCGGAGACCAAGAUCAUCUACCACCUGGACGAGGAGGAGACGCCGUACCUGGUCAAGCUGCCCGUGGCCCCCGAGCGCGUCACGCUGGCCGACUUCAAGAACGUGCUCAGCAACCGGCCGGUGCACGCCUACAAAUUCUUCUUCAAGUCCAUGGACCAGGACUUCGGGGUGGUGAAGGAGGAGAUCUCUGACGACAAUGCCAGGCUGCCCUGCUUCAAUGGCCGAGUGGUGUCCUGGCUGGUCUUGGCCGAGGGCGCCCACUCGGAUGCCGGGUCUCAGGGCACCGACAGCCACUUGGACCUGCCCCCACCUCUGGAGCGGACAGGGGGCAUCGGGGACUCCCGGCCCCCCUCCUUCCACCCAAAUGUGGCCAGCAGCCGCGAUGGGAUGGACAACGAGACGGGCACAGAGUCCCUGGUCAGCCACCGGCGAGAGCGAGCCCGCCGCCGGAACCGCGAGGAAGCCUCCCGGACCAAUGGGCACCCCAGGGGGGAGCGGCGGCGGGACCUGGGCCAGCCCCCCGACAGCGCGUCCACCAUGAUGAGCAGCGAGCUCGAGUCCAGCAGCUUCGUCGACUCGGACGAGGAUGGCAGCACAAGCCGGCUGAGCAGCUCCACCGAGCAGAGCACCUCGUCCAGGCUCAUCCGGAAGCACAAGCGCAGGCGGCGGAAACAGCGGCUGCGGCAGACUGACCGAGCCUCCUCCUUCAGCAGCAUCACAGACUCCACCAUGUCCCUGAACAUCGUCACCGUCACACUGAACAUGGAGAGGCACCACUUCCUGGGCAUCAGCAUCGUGGGCCAGAGCAACGACCGGGGCGACGGCGGCAUCUACAUCGGCUCCAUCAUGAAGGGCGGGGCCGUGGCCGCCGACGGCCGCAUCGAGCCGGGCGACAUGCUGCUGCAGGUGAACGACGUCAACUUUGAGAACAUGAGCAACGACGACGCGGUCCGCGUCCUGCGGGAAAUCGUGUCCCAGACGGGACCCAUCAGCCUCACCGUGGCCAAGUGCUGGGACCCGACUCCUCGGAGCUACUUCACCAUCCCGAGGGCCGACCCGGUGCGGCCCAUUGACCCUGCCGCCUGGCUGUCCCACACGGCGGCGCUGACCGGAGCUCUCCCCCGCUACGGUACGAGCCCCUGCUCGAGCGCCGUCACUCGCACCAGCUCCUCCUCGCUGGCGAGCUCUGUGCCUGGCGCGCCGCAGUUGGAGGAGGCACCGCUGACAGUAAAGAGUGACAUGGGAGCCGUCGUCCGGGUCAUGCAGCUGCCGGACUCCGGUCUGGAGAUCCGCGACCGCAUGUGGCUCAAGAUCACAAUCGCCAAUGCUGUCAUCGGUGCCGACGUGGUGGACUGGCUGUACGCACACGUGGACGGCUUCAGGGACCGGCGCGAGGCCCGCAGGUACGCAGGCAGCAUGCUGAAGCGCGGCUUCCUGCGGCACACCGUCAACAAGGUGACCUUCUCCGAGCAGUGCUACUACGUCUUCGGGGACCUGUGCAGCAACCUUGCUGCCUUGAACCUCAACAACGGCUCCAGUGGGGCCUCGGAUCAGGACAUGCUGGCACCCUUGCCCCACCCGGCCGCCCCCUGGCCUCUGGGCCAAGGCUACCCCUAUCAGUAUCCCGGGCCCCCACCCUGCUUUCCGUCCACCUACCCGGACCCUGGGUUCAGCUACGGCAGCGGCAGUGCAGGCAGUCAGCAGAGCGAAGGAAGCAAAAGCAGCGGAUCCGCCCCGAGUGCUGGGGGCAGCAGCCGCCAGGGCCUGGCACGAGAGAAGGAGUGGCCGGCUGGGGGCAGCGGCAGCGAGUCGGACCUUGUGGCACGGAGCGGGGCUGGGGGCUGGCGGGAGCGGCCGGGCAGCCAGCUCAGCCGCAGCAGCAGCCCGCGCAGCCAGGCCUCGGCCGCCGCCCCCGGGCUCCCUCCACUGUGCCCGCCGGCCCCGGCAUACAUGGUGGGGGGCAGCCCGCCUGGGGGCCCACCCGUCCGGGAGCUGGCCUCGGUGCCUCCAGAGCUCACAGGCAGCCGCCAGUCCUUGCAGAAGGCCAUGGGGAACCCCUGCGAGUUCUUCAUUGACAUCAUGUGAGCGGCGGGGAGCGCACCUUUGCCCCGCUCGGCAGGGGUGUGGCGCCCAGGGUGGUCAUGUGGGGGGCUUUACCUGCAGCUUUGUGUUCACCAUGGCCCAGCCCGAGCCGAGAGUUGCACCCGGACUCCCCACCUGCUCCGGGUCUCCUCAUGGGGCAGUGGCCUGUGUCCACACUGGCCUUGGGGGGUGGUGUCUGUCUGUCUGUCCUUGGGCAGGCCUCAGCAGGAGCCUCAGCAAUGCCCCCCGACCCCUCUUGGGUCUGGAGGUGACACUCAACACACCUACAGAGCAGCCUGUGCACAGGGCCCCAGGCUGAACCGAGACACUGCCCAGGACCUCUCCCCGGGCAGUUCCCAGGCCCCUGCGUGGGGUCUCCACGGAAGGAACCGGAGCCCCCAGGGCCUGCUGUGGCUGCCAGGAGAGAGGUCUAAUUUAUUUAUUUAUUGCUUAGCCCGUGUGCUCUGGAGGAGGCGGGGGCUGAGUUAGCCCCUCAAACCCUGCCCCUGGCCAGAGUAGAGGCUGCCUGUUCCCCCUCCCAGUCUCGGGGUGGUGCCUGGAAGCUUGUGAAGCAGAAUAAAAGGUGAACCAGCUCAAAUCGUAUGGAUGGGGCCCCAGGGGGCACCGCUGGGCACAUCCGCCCAGCCCGCCCCCCACCGCGCUCGCCACCGCCUCCCCUCAGGCCUGGGGUCUGUGCAGUGGACACCGCCAGGUAGUUUCUAUACAGCUGCUUCCGUGUAAAUGCUGCUUCCGCGCAAAGCUAUUUUAAACACUAAAAAGCUUUUAAUUUUAUGGGA